AGGAUUCUGCUUUAAUUGAAAUACCUGUUAUUGUGAUAUAUUAUCAUUUCUAGGUCGUGGUGGAAGAGGUGGAAGGGGUCGUGGUUCAAGCCGGGGAAGAGGAGGUGGCAAUACACAAUCCCAGUCAAAGCCCAGGGAAGAGACGACGACUACUCCCAAGGAGUUGAAUAUCGAGACUGACGUUACCUCAUAUUUUGUGGGCAACGUCUCUGCAGACCAGCAUUACGAGGGGCAGCAGCAGAACCGUGACAGAUAUGCAGCCGCUAUGGCUGUCCUGCAGAAUAAUGGAGUAGACAUAGCGCAGAGAUUUUUCCGCCCUAGACUGGUUCCUGGAAUACUGCUAUGGUGGUCCCGCCCCAGAGGGGUCUAUGGUUCAGCGGUGUUGCAAUGUUACUGCCGAGAAUGUGAAUAGCUUGAUACAGGAGUUCCCCAUCCCAUACACUCAUGUGAAGUCACACUUGACUGCUCUCACGAAUGAAUCAAAGGCACGGACAGCUUCAUACGAGAAGAAAUUGGAUACAGUGAUUUGGUGGUACGACGAACUGAAGUGCACUGAAGUGGACGAGGUUAUAACAAGACGUGUCCAGGCAGGGGAAGAGAUUACUCUGCCUAAUGGCAAGCUUCUGGAACGUCUUCUGGAAAUCAAGAUGUAUUAAGAGGGUCUGCAGCAAAACAGCUACGGUUAUGGUAAAAAUGGGAAGGAGAGAAAGACAGACGAGACCAAGGCGCCAUUCAUCAAGGAGUUUUUGCCCUUGGGACAGAAAAAGAUGGACACGUUUAGCCUCUCUCUGGAGUCCCCAAUAGUUGUGAUAGGGGACGCGUCUGGCUCGAUGCAAGUGGCGAUAAGAACAAGUUCCAUCAUCGCAGGCCUGUUGACAGCGAUAUGUCAAGCUCAACUGGUGUUCUUCAACACUGAAAAAAUCGUCCCUCUAUAUGUUCCAAAGAACAUUGAAGAGGUUCUAAACCUAGCUGUGGAGAUGCAGGCGGAAGGUGGUACGACCCCUGCUGCCAGUCUGUGGCCUUUCUACGAGAAAAAGGAGGUCGUGAAGACGUUCAUUAUUGUGACCGAUGAAGAAGAGAAUGGCCAGAGUCAUGGCGAUUACUUCCAUGGCCUGUACCAGAAGUACCACAACGAAGUGUACCCAGCGAAGCUUGUAUUCGUCUCAUUUUUCCACAAUCAGACUUCUUGCGGUGAUAUGGUACCCAAAUUGGAAGCCAAUGGCCACAAACCGAUGCGGUUCAUUUUCGACUUUGCCCAACCAGAUUUGACGAAGCUGGACAAGAUGUUCGGAAUGGUUGCGUCCGGGACAACUAAUUUUGAUGACGAAAUACGCCAGGUAUAGUCGGACAUUAAGAGCAGACGUCUGGCGAAAGUUUUUGAAAAAAUGGAGAUUUGAGGUCAGAACCCAUGUUCAUAAAGCUUCAUUAUUUUAACUAUUUUAAGUAUAUAUAUAUAUUCAUGACAACUACCAAGAGUCUGAGGUAAUUUAUUACGUAUUGUUAUGCUUUUAUUAACCAGGUUUUCCGAAGGAAAAAACUGGUUAUUAGAUUGGCGAAUGCGGGCGGGCUGGCUGGCUGGCUGGCUGGCGGGCUGGCGGAACAAGCUUGUCCGGGCCAUAACUAUGUCGUUCAUUGUCAGAUUUUAAAAUCAUAUGGCACAUUUGUUCACCAUCAUUGGACGGUGUGUCGCGCGAAAUAAUUACGUCGAUAUCUCCAAGGUCAAGGUCACACUUUGAGUUCAAAGGUCAAAAAUGGCCAUAAAUGAGCUUGUCCUGGCCAUAACUAUGUCAUUCAUUGUGAGAUUUUAAAAUCAUUUGGCACAUUUGUUCACCAUCAUGGUACAGUGUGUCGCACGAAAGAAUCACGUCAAUAUCUCCAAUGUCAAGGUCGCCACGACUAAAAAUAGAUUAUUUUUUUUUAAACAAACUUACAAAGGGGGUUAAUUUUGUUUGUUCAUUUCAAAAGUUCAGUUUGAGUUUUCUCCCUUUAUCAGAUGUUUUUUUCACAAUGAAAACAUGGUUUUGUGACAAUUUUGUCCCUUGUUUUUAUAUUGUUUUGACAUGUCGGUCGGUCUGUCGGUUUGUCGGUCCGUCUGUUGGUCCGUCCACCAAAUGGUUUCCGGAUGAUAACUCAAGAAUGCUUAGGUCUAGGAUCAUGAAAUUUCAUAGGUAUAUUGAUCAUGACUGGCAGAUGAACCCUAUUGAUUUUCAUGUCACUAAGUCAAAGGUCAAGGUCACGUUUGGGGCAUAUGUCUCAGACUGGAACACUUGUUUACAUUAAAUUGUUUUUAAAUACUUUAUAUUGCUGAGAUGUUUGGUAUCGUAUCAUUUUUUUUAAAUAUAAAUAUGGCUGAGUUUGUUCGUAAAUUACACUGUUGUAGACAUAAAUCUUUGGAUACAAAAAGGAAAAUGUGAUAAAAAAAUUAUAGUUUUUGCCUGAGGAACCGUGAAUACCCUCACAGGAUAUUCAGAUAUUCCUCUUAUUCCAAAUUGUUUUGUUCAAUAAAGCUGAAGUGCUUUUAAGUUUUAAGUAUAUACACCAUUCAAAAAGGUUGAAUGUGAAAUUAUAAUUUUAAUCAACAAUGUCAGAGCUCCAAUGUUCAAGAGUAUGACUUAAUUGUGCAGGGUGCCAUACACAAUACUCAAUUUACUUUUUUAUCCCAUGUAUGCCUAGUGGACUCUGCCAUCCUUCUAAAUUGGAUCAAUUUAUUUCUAAAAUAAAUGUCUAGUUUAUUUAUUUCUAUAUUUAGAAUAUUUCUUAAAGAAAUUCUUUUAACUUUAAGCAAACGGCGCAGACCCUAAUGAGACGCCGCAUCAUGCAGCGUCUCAUCUGGGUCUACGCUGUUUGCCAAGGCCUUUUUUCAAGACGCUACAUGUAGGCAUAAAUGGGUUAAAUUGUGUCUACUAUUUAGCUGUGAUAACUAUUGUGUACGUGAUACAUAAAUUGCAUCCUUUAAUACUAUUUUUAUUGUUAUAGAUAUUGUUAUAAAUAUUUAUGUUGAUAUGUUAUUGUUUUUUCUCCUGAAAUUAAUAAUAAUUUUCGACACAAAAGAUUUGUUAACUGUGAUAACUAUUGUGCUUGUGAUACAAAUAUUUCUUUCUAUAAUACUAUAUUUGUUGUCUAUAUUAUUAUAAAUAUUUAUGUAAAGAUGUUGUUUUUUCUAUUUAAAUAAAUAAUUAUGUUCUAAACACGGUUCACAAUUGUAAUAUUAUAUUUUACACAAAAUAUUUAUGUUCCUAUUUAUGAAUAAAUUGUUAAACUAC